AUAGCACCCAUUGAUUUUACAAGAAAAGAUGAAAACUCAAGAAAAUCAAAUUCAAUUCAAUUUAAGAUAAAAAGCGCCAAAAAUUGAAAGAAGCUUUCUAGCAAUAAAUUAAAUUAACUGCAUCAAGAACUUUCCAAGUCCUUUCCCUUGAACCUAAGGGAUGCCCAAGCUAAAUUUCAUACACAUAAACCACAGCAAUCUCCUCCUCGAAGAGUAAAAAGAUGCUGUACAAACCUCACAAGGGUUCCCAGUCCCACCUUCAUUUACAAAUCGAUCCCUAGGCGCCCUUUGAUACCGAACAGGCGGGAGAACAUCGUCGAGAAGAAAUCUUUGAGCGAUCGACUGGAAGAAGAGUAAUCAUGUUGGAGAAGAGGUACACAGCCUAUCGGAUUCGAACAAUGAAGAAGGGGAUUAUGACCGCAAAGAGAUUAAGAGGAUCGAGGGUUCCUUUUUUUCAGAUUAAAAAUGAACGAUGUUGGUUUUGGAGUGCGGACUAAAGUCAGGAAAAUGGGUUUCUGUGAGUUUUUCCUUUGAAGUUAAUGAACUGAGGAGAAAGGGAAAACCAAGGAGAUGGAGACAGCAAAGCAGAAGACUCUAGAGAGAGUGGUUUCACAGAGAGCUCUGCAAAUGGGUACUUCAUUUUCAUGCCAAAUUUGUGUGGUGGGUUUUCUCUGUGGAGUUUGCCUCACCUCUCUGUUUCUGGCUGCUCUCACUUCUCUGGGCAGUUUUGGGUUUGGUGGGGUUUCAUUUUCUUCCAUUUCUAUGUGGAUUUCUCCUUGGAAUUCAAGUUCAGAGAGGAUCAAUGUUGUUACGAGUACAGACUGCAAACUUAGACUAAAAGAGAGUGAAAGAUGGGUGGAUUCUCAGCAAAGUAAGACAGAUACUGAUGAUGAGAGAGUUUCAUCACUGUUUUCAGCAUGGAGUGCUUUACUAACUCAGUCAGUAGAUGGGGAAAACAAGUUAUUUCAAAGGCUUGGAGUAAGGAAGUCCAGUGUUCCAAAUGCCCCUCAUCUGGAGAAUUGCAGAUUGAGUGCACAAGUAAAUAGGCGUCUUGACAAACGGGCUGGAAAUGAGAGCUUCCCUCCAUGGACUAGUUGGAAGGGAUUGUUAGACGUUUAUCCAGCAUCUGUAGCUAAUAAGCAAAUUAGGUACUUUAGGCAUCAAGCCAUAUCUGAAGGUGCUUAUCCUCCAUGGAUUUCUGGAUCAGAUGAAGAAAACUAUCCCCUUACUAGGAAAGUGCAGCUUGACAUAUGGAUUCAUCAGCAUCCAAUAAAUUGCCACAAUCCUAAUGUAAAAUUUCUUGUGGCUGACUGGGAAAGGUUGCCUGGCUUUGGUAUUGGAGCCCAGAUUGCAGGCAUGGCAGGGCUUCUUGCUAUUGCAAUCAAUGAAAAAAGAGUUCUUGUUACUAACUACUAUAAUCGAGCUGAUCACGAUGGUUGCAAAGGUUCAACACGCUCUAGCUGGUCUUGCUACUUCUUCCCAGAAACUUCCCAGGAAUGCAGAGACCACGCAUUUAAGCUCAUGCACCGUAGAGAAGCAUGGGAAAAGGGAAUCAUAAAACAGAAAGAAAACUAUACUUCGAAGGAAAUAUGGGCUGGAAAGAUUCCUAAGUUUUGGGGUGAUCCUUGGAGUUAUUUGCAACCAACAACAGAGAUAAAUGGGAGCUUAAUUGCUUUUCAUCGCAAAAUGGAUAGAAGAUGGUGGAGAGCUCAGGCUGUACGUUACUUAAUGAGAUUUCAAUCAGAGUACACAUGUGGCUUAAUGAACAAUGCUCGCCAUGCUGCAUUCGGGAAUGAAGCUGCAAGGAUGGUUCUCACAACACAUGGCAGUGAAUGGCCAAAGGAAAUUAGAAAUGAGGCGAAGUCAGAAAUUGAAGAAUUUGUUUGGUCAAGUCACAAACCAUGGAUCCCCAGGCCAUUGCUAAGCAUGCAUGUAAGAAUGGGAGACAAGGCAUGUGAAAUGAAAGUAGUCGAAUUUGACGAAUACAUGCAUCUAGCUGACCGUAUUAGAAAGCGCUUUCCACAUCUUAACAGCAUUUGGCUCUCCACAGAAAUGCAGGACGUCAUUGAUAAAUCGAAACUAUACCCCCAUUGGAAGUUCUACUACACGAAUGUGAAGCGUCAAGUGGGGAACAUAACAAUGGCCAAAUACGAGGCGAGUCUUGGGAGGGAAACCAGCACAAACUAUCCCCUGGUGAAUUUCUUGAUGGCAACCGAUGCUGACUUCUUCAUCGGUGCAUUGGGAUCCACUUGGUGCUAUCUUAUCGAUGGCAUGAGGAAUACUGGAGGGAAAGUGAUGGCUGGAUACCUAAGCGUCAACAAGGAUCGCUUCUGGUAGUACGGGACUGCAUGGCUAGGUAUGAAGAUCAGAACAAUUGGUUCCACUGUUCUUUUGUUCACGCGUCCAAUAUUAGGAGCAUAAUGUGUAUUUUGUACAUAACUAAAAUGUAUAUGAAGAUCCCUAAUAAAAUGUAGUAUGGUUGCUGUUCCCCCAAAAAUUCUCUCGGCAAUUGACACGUGACAAAUAUCCGUAAGAUCAGUUCGAAG